AGUUGGACGAUGUCAUUGAGCCCCAAACAUACUACGCCGUUCUCAGUCACUGAUAUACUAAGUCCGCUGGAGGAGACUUACAAGAGGACUAGCAUUGAGGCUAGUAUCCCACCACUGGCUCCUGCUUAUCGGACAACUCAGCAUCCCCAGAGCAGUAUGGCGAGCAUGGGCAGUAUGUCAGUACCGGUUUCGAACCCUUAUCACAAUUAUGUGCCACAGUUGUCCCAUACACCGUCCGCUUUUCCAUCGCAAUACUGCAAUGGGUCAGAACUCACUCAUUACGGGGACCCUGUUACACCUCACAGACACUCAACAUCAAGUUGGUACGGAGCAAGCCCGGAUGCCAGAUUUGCAAUUUCAAGACUUAUGGGUCCGAACUCGUGUGGGAGUAUGUCCUCGAUGUCAUCCGGGAUGAACCACAUGAACAUGGGCCUCGGCGGCCUGGAACAGCACAAACAUCCUGGCAUGCAGUUUCCACUCACACAGAGACGAAAGAGGCGGGUGUUGUUCACACAAGCACAAGUGUACGAACUAGAACGGCGGUUUAAGCAGCAAAAAUACCUCUCAGCCCCUGAGAGGGAGCAUUUAGCCAGUAUGAUUAACCUGACUCCGACGCAGGUGAAAAUAUGGUUCCAGAAUCAUCGUUACAAAUGCAAACGUCAACAGAAGGACAAGGAAAAAAUGGAUACAAAUGUGUGCCAGCCUUCACCGCGCCGCGUGGCGGUUCCUGUGCUUGUUAAAGACGGUAAACCGUGUACGGGAAACGGCAAUGAACAUUCACAACAAACGCAACAGUCACAGCAGAACGCAGCAUCGGUGCAAUCGCAGUCCCAGGCUCAUCAGGGGCAGCCUCUAACGCCAAAACCUCUAGCCCAAAGUAAUAACGUGGACGCGGUGAAUACGUUAACGUCGCCGUGCCCGACGCCGCAGACGAGUUUAUCAAGUGUUGCUAGUAUGAACAGUUUGGGAGGUUAUCACACAUCUUCGUCUGUCAAUACAUCAAAUAACAUGUCAACCUCAUAUCUCCUGAACGGGCGGAACUGGUGAGACGAAGAUGAGUAGUGACAGUGACUCUUCAAUCGCCGCUGGAACUGCUUCAUUGCCAAGUGUAUUUUGUAUUUCUGUGUACAAUGGUAACGUGACAACGUAUGGUACGUUCGUGACCAAAGUCAUAAAAUCGGCGGCUUAUUUUUAACUGACUUUGUCAUGAAAUAAAGCCAACGUUAUACUGCCAGAAAGACUUCUGCCGACAACUCAUGGGUGUGUUACAAUUCAGAGACAAACUCCCCAAGUCUAGCCUGAAUUAUAGUCAUCUCAAUUUGCAAUAAUGAACUAUAAUGAACUAUGAACUACAAGUGACGACUUGGUUGUGACUCUUCACGUGAAAAACUGUUUUGAAGUUGUGUGUGUGUGUGUUUGUCGGCAACUUUCAAGUUAGUAAAAACAUUCUAACUUGGGACAUUUUGGAACGGUGCUUUGUGUUUUAACUGGACUGGAUAUGAUUUGUCCUUUUUUAAGUGUUCAAGGGGAAACUUUACAUGUCGUUUUAUCAGAGAAGUUCCCCAAGAAGGAACCCUGAAACAGUAUUAGUAAGGUAUGUAAAGUUUGUGAUUAGUUUACCCAAAACACGUACCCAUCACUGCUCACCUAAUGUAGGUACUACAAUGCAGAAUGCAUUAGAUCACUGCGCGGUUCGUGCAAAAAAAAGAGGAUUAUGCCCCGGACAAUCGAAGGUACAUUUGACCGCCGCAUUGCGUGACGUUUGGCCUUUAUAUACAACGUACAUGUAUAUACAAUCAGGACUGGGCAAGCAUAAUCUUGUUUCUACAAUUCAGGAAAUAUAUUUGUAAAAAUUGUCUCGUUAAUAUACAUGUAAUUAUUAUUAUGAUAAUAUCCAGGUAUUCGGGAUAUUUGAUAUCCUGAUAUUUGGGUUUAUACUAUCAGCUUUAAAUGGUAUGCAUUUUACGAUGCACAGUCAUGUUGCGUAUAUUUUGUUUCUGAAAAAAAAUUCUUUCUAAAAGUGAAAGUCGGAAAACAGCUGACAUUUGGAUAGACGUGUCGUCUAAAAUGAAUGUAAUUUGGAAAAGCACUAAUUUAAAGUGAUUAAGUGUUAGCUAGUAAACUUCAUCAAACCUGUCUCUCUUCUGAAACCUCCUCUCUGUGUACUUGUGUAAAAUCGUCUCUGAAUUUCUAUAUACUUCCAAAGGAAACUCUACCACCUAGUAUAUCAUUUUUUUGUGAACAUUCGUAUAUAUAUUUCGAAUAAAUAAGAUCUUAUC